GUAGGCUGGAGUGAGCGGCUCCUCCCCCGCCCAGCAGCAUCACUCUCUCCUGUACUCACACAGGAAGGUGGACAGAGGACUGAAGAAGAAGGAGAAGACACAAAAACCUACGCCACAAAACAAGCGAGGGCAGCUGCGGAACAUUUUGAACACUUUGGGUGUUUUUUUUAUUUUAUUUGCGCGUCUGUGUCAGGUCGUCAACAAUGAAGUCAUCCAACAGUCGUCCCUCCAGGGUGGGUAGAAACCCCUUCAUACACGAGCUGAAAUUCACCCUGAGAGAGAAAUUAAAGAUAGGACUGAUGUCUGUCACCGUGUUUCCCGUGCGGCUGCUGCUGGUGUCCUUUUUCAUGCUGCUGGCGUGGCCCUUCGCCUUCACAGCCUCCCUUGGACGCUCCGAGUUUGUCAUUGAGCCACAGUCAUGGUGGAGAAGGUUUAUAGACCUGUGUCUACGAGUUAUCAUGCGAGCCAUGUGGUUUUGUGGAGGUUUCCAUUGGAUCAAAGUGAAAGGGGAGCGAGCGGCGCCAUCUGAAGCGCCCAUCCUCACCGUGGCACCGCAUUCCUCUUACUUCGAUGCCAUCCCAGUCACCAUGACCAUGUGCUCCAUAGUCACCAAACUGGAGAGCAGCAGCAUUCCUGUCUGGGGCACUCUGAUCAGCUACAUCAGACCAGUGUUUGUGUUUCGGUCGGAUCAGGACUCCAGAAGAAAAACGGUUGAGGAAAUCAAGCGGAGAGCCCGGUCUGGAGGGCAAUGGCCUCAGAUCAUGAUAUUCCCAGAGGGGACGUGCACCAACAGGUCUGGUCUCAUCUUAUACAAAGCAGGUGCUUUCAUACCAGGACUCCCAGUGCAGCCUGUGGUGCUACGCUACCAAAACAAACUGGAUACUGUUACAUGGACGUGGCAAGGCCCUGCUGCGUUCAAAAUCCUAUGGCUCACUCUGUGCCAACCUCAUAAUUCUUUAGAGAUAGAGUAUUUGCCUGUUUACACUCCAUCAGACGAGGAGAGGGAAAACCCUGCCCUGUUUGCCAGUAAUGUCAGAAAGCUCAUGGCCAAGGCGCUGGAGGCGCCACUCACAGACCUUUCCUUUGACGACCGUGAGAUCAGCCUAUCACAGGGACCACUGCGCGUAUACGACUACAGCAGCCUGCUUGAGUUCAACUUGCUGGUGUCCCGCCUGGGGCAGAGAGCAGGAACUUCAGAGAAAGUGUUGGAGGAGCAGGCCAGAAGAGCCAGAAAGCUGCAGGGAGACAGGCUGGGUUUGGACGACUUUGCCCAGUUCCUCAAUCUGCCAGUUACAGACACACUCACACAAGUCCACAGUAUGUUUGACCAGCAUGGAGACGGACAGAUAGACAUCAGACACUAUGUUAUCGCUCUGUCUACCGUUCAUCGACCAUCAGAGUCAAUGAAGACGCUCAAACUGGCCUUCAAGAUGUACGAGAACAAGGAGAAAGGGGAAGUCAUAGAAGAGGAUCUCGCUGCCAUCUUGGAAAUAAUGUUGGGAGUGCAAGAGGUGGAACUUUCAGGUCUGUUUUUAUCCCUGGAUGGACCUGACACAAACAAGAUCACAUAUGAUGACCUUCAUCAUUUUAUAGAGCAGCACCCGCACUUCGUCCAGAAAUACCUCGAUUUUAAAAACCAUCCACGCAAAUUCUGCAUUGCCCGACCCAAAAGCUGCAACGGCAAGAACCACGAUAAAGACGACUGAAGAAUGGACUCUUGUCGAUCUGAUGUAACAGCGUCUCCACAUGCUGCAAUAUGCCCACCACCUCUGUGCCUUAAAGUGCAGGUAGA